AUGUUAUUCUUUUUAGGCGCAAAUAUAAUAUUUUUUGCCCACGUCCAUUCCUUCGUGUUAUUGACAGCAAAUUUCGACGAUGUGAAAAAAUUAGCACAGAAAUUCGUAUCUGAAUCUUUGGCUGAGAAAAUAGCUGAAUUCGUUUCCAAGGCGACCGUGAAUAAAAUAGGUUUGAAAUUAUCCAGGGAGCAAGAGAAAUCCAAAAUAGAGGAAACUACCACAAAAACAGACACCGAAAGUGAGGAAAAAGAAUCAGAAACAACAGAAGAAUCCAUAUCAAAAGAAAACAUGAAAUAUAAAGCAAAAGCCUUAAAAAGCAUAGAACCAGGACAUAAAACAAGAUUCGAAUCAAAAUUAUCUAGAUCCAACGAGAAAUUAUCUAACAAAAAUCAUCAAAAAAAGGAUAAAAAAUUUAAAAUUAAAAAGACCAAAACAAGUAAAGAAAUAAAUUUUAUAUCAGAGACGAAUAAUUUGAAUGUAUUUUCAGACGAUAUCUCUGCUAACGUCUCGGUAGAAUCAACUGCUGGUUGGAUUGAGGAAGGUAAAUUUAAAAACCAUACAUCAGAUCAAGAAACUGAAUCAGAUUAUGUGUUCCGUUUUAAUAACAUCGAAGGUGUUAAUGAGGGUUUAUUUAGAGAUAAGCUAACGACGAGGAAAGAAAAGAACGAAUUUGACCAAUACGAUAAUACUUACUACCCUAAAGCUAUUGGCACAAGUGGUAGUGUAACUUUACGAUUGUUGGAUUCGAGAAAAAGUAGAUAUCGAAAGGAUUGA